AUGGAGUGGGCGUCGCCGCCGGUCCCUCUCCCCCUCCUCGCGAAUCCCAAGGCGUACGCCGCCGUCGCGGUGCUGAGAUGCGAAUCCGACGACCCAGCGCAUCUGACGGAGAAGGAGAGUGCGUUGAUCAGCUCUUUCCGCGAGAGAAUCCCGCUGUGGAGGCAGCAGGCAGAGAGCGACAAAUCAGUGAACAACGCAGCAGAGAAGGCCGCCAGAUUCGAAGAAAGGCUAGCAUCAUUGUUGGACGAUUUCAGUGAAGACCCCGAGAGUCAUGGAGGGCCCCCAGAUGUUAUGCUGCUGUAUCGUCUGAGAGACCUUUGCUUGCGGGAGCUAAGCUUUGAAGACAUUUACAGACAUGCCAAGGACGAGUCAACACGCACGGCUCUGCAACAGCUACCAGCCGUCCUUGCAGCCAUUGAUGACAUCAGCGAUGACGUCACCCGCUCCGAAACCCUCAUCCGGGGCAUGCUGGCCAGCAAUCUGGCCGCUCUGGAUGGCGCGGACCCCGCGGUUGGGUCGGUGGACUUUUUGUCUGUUUGUGACAGUCUGCCGCCCAAACCGUGGGCGGCGGAUGACAUGGGGGCAGCGGUGCAGGCAUGGAGCAACCGAGAGGAGGGCAAGUGGAACAAGGCAGUGGUGCUGUGUGCGGGGGCGGGCAGAGAGACAGUGCUGGGGGUGCUUCCAGCAGUGAGGGAUCUGACCAGGCGAGGCAUGCAGGUGCUUCUGGUGGCACCAGAUAUGCCGUCAGGUGCUGCCAUCACACACGAGGACCUGAUAAAUCUCCUGAAGCAGGUGCAAGCAGCAGUACCGGAGGGUGACAUCAGCACGGCCAUCAACAACAGUCGCAUCCUUAUCCUCAACUCCGGAUCCGACCUGCAGGCCCUUGACCUAUCUGCCGUUUCACCUGAGCUUGCCUAUGCCGCAUCAGAUGCUGAUGUCAUCAUAAUGCACGGCCAGACGCAUGCAUGGGAGACCAACUUCACUGCAAGGUUCAAGUGCUCUGUACUUCGGGUUGCAGUGGUAUGUGCUGCCGCUCCUGCACCUGCACUUGGCCUUCCCUGUGCGGUUGUGCGGGUGUUUUCUGUGCUGCUCUGCGCCGUUCUGCGGCUGUUUGCUGUGAUCAGUGCGGUUGUGCGGCUGUUUUUUGUGUCUUGCCAUGUGCAGUCGUGCAGCCUUGUCUUGCAGGGGCAACAGAUCUUCCACGCCGCUACAAUUCAGCACGUUCGUGCGGCUGUCUCUGUGCUACCGCCAGUGGCGGAAUGCUCCUCUCCUCGAGAACGCACAUUCCAAUUCCACCAGCAGCACUACUCGCACUUCUACUCAAAGUCGUACUUCUCCGCGCGCCUGGCCGACGGCGAGUCACGAGCGGCCAUCUUGCUCAGCAUCAAUCCGCCAGGAAACCCUGGGGCGGGCUUUAUUGUCGCCUACCGGAUCUUCACGGCCCUCGCCUCCGGCCUGCCCGCCUCUCUCGCCUUCACAAAUACCACCGUCUCCGGAUGCGACCCGGCCAAGUGCAGCCUCGUUCCGGGCGCCAUCACCUGGCGGACGGCGGGUGUCCACUCCGUUUCCCAGAGCUACAACGGGAUAUUCUGGACUUCGCCCGGAAAUGACCCGGAGCGUUACAACGUGUACAUCAAGAUUCUUGCGGGCAGUUACCCGAACGUGGCGAUGACGUACAGUGACUCGCAGACGGGCGCUGCGCGCACGGCGGUUUCGGAACUGUUCAAGCCGACCACGUUCAUGCAGUAUGGAAUAGGCAUCCCCAUGACGUCUCUCACGUACAACCUCAACGUCCGCUUCUCCUCCUACAUGCCCGGCGGCGCCAACCUCUCUCUCUCCCAAUCUGCUGACGGAUUCAACUUCCGGCUGGACUACACGUGGAUGGCGGUGGCGCCCACAGAGGAGCCCGCCUCCAGCCGCCUGGUCAUCUUCUACCAGACCUCUCCGCCUGCCCUGUCCUCUGCUUCUUCCGGCCGCCGCCGCCUCCUCAGUGCCGAGCCUCCGCCCGUUGGGACGACUGUGAGCAGCAGCAGCAGUACGGACAAGCAGGCGAAGGAAGAGACGAGGAAGGCGAGAGAGGCGGCGAUUGCGGCGAGAAAGGCCGCGAUUGCGGCGAGAGAGGAGGCGAAGAGGGAGAGGGCGAAAGCCAAGGAGGAGGCAAUCGCAAAGAAGGAGGCUGCAAAGAAAGCCAAGGAGGAGGCGAUUGCGAAACGGGACGCGGCAAAGAAGGCGAAAGAGGAGGCUAUUGCGAAGAAGGAGGCGGCCAAGCUGGCAAAGGAGCAGGCGAUCGCUAAGAAGCAAGAGGCGAUGACAAUUAGGGAGGCAAAGAAGCAGGAGAAGGAGAAGAAGACACCACCAUCGCCACCACCCUCCUCACCUUCCCCACCACCACCCUCCCCACCUUCCCCGCCACCUUCCCCUCCACCAUCCCCACCCCCAUCCCCACCCUCCCCACCACCAUCCCCGCCCCCAUCCCCACCCUCCCCGCCACCCUCCCCUCCUCCAUCCCCACCAUCCCCUCCCCCGUCGCCUCCCCCAUCCCCACCCCUAUCCCCUCCUCCUCCCGCUGCUCCCACUGUCGCAUCCGUUUCCCUCCCUCUUGGCGGCUACUCCAACACGUGCCCCGCUGGCAGCACUGACUGCCCCAUUUUCUACGCUGUGAUUGGCGCGCAGCAGUGGUUCUUCUCAGCCGCCUGGGGCUUCCCCACGCAAGCAGCUCGUGAGGCGGAUCCUAUAUAUGUUGCGCUGAAUGCGCUCAUGCAGUAUGCGCUCACUGGUGUGAAGGGGAGGUUGGUGAACGCAAGCAUGAUGCUGGAGGCGGCUGGCAGCGGCAAGGGGCCGAAUGAUUUGCUGCAGCGAUAUUAA